UUAGGUGUCUGCAAGGCCGGGGCGGGUCGGCUUCCGAAUGCCAGGGGAGUUUACGAAGUGAGCCGGCCGCUGAGGGGAGUGGAGAGCCUGUGCGGUGAGCACUGAAUAAGACGAUCAGAGGUCUUCGGUGAAAGUCUUGGAGUACUUUUUCACUAAUUACGAAAAAAUGGCUACCCUUAAAAGCUUAGAAACCAAAAGCAACCUCACUUCGACCCCAAUCCGAGGAGCAGGAGAUGGAAUGGAAACAGAGGAGCCCCCUAAGUCUGUUGAAGUCACCUCUGAAGUCCAACCCAUAAAUCAACAUGUCCUUCAGAGUCCACGUAAGAAAGUUCCCUCAGACAGCCCAGGCGUUCUUCAGCUGGGAAAGAUUCUUACUGAAAAAGCAGUGGAAGUUGAAGCUGUGAGGAUAUUUGUUCCCAAAGCCGCCAUCUCUCAUGAUAUCCCCACCAAAAAUACAAAGCUUAAAUCUCUGGGCUAUCACCGAGAAGAAGUCCACCUGCAGCCAGAGGUAGUCACAGACCCGAGGAAGGAACUCGCAGAGGCAAAGAAGCUUUUAGAGAAGCUCAAGAAUUCUGAAAGGAGGCUACUUCAGGACAAAGAAGGCCUUUCAAACCAGCUCCGGGUACAGACAGAGAUAAAUCGUGAGUUAAAAAAGUUGCUGGUGGCCUCUGUUGGAGAUGACCCGCAGUAUCACUUUGAACGUCUAGCCCGGGAGAAGAACCAGCUCAUUUUAGAAAACGAAGCACUAGGUCGGAACACAGCCCAGCUUUCGGAACAGCUGGAGCGGAUGUCGAUACAGUGUGAUGUGUGGAGGAGCAAAUUCCUCGCAAGCAGAGUAAUGGCAGACGAAUUGACGAACUUCAGAGUAGUUCUACAGCGCCAGAACCGAGAUGCCCAGAGCGCCAUACAGGAUCUCCUGAGUGAACGGGAGCAGUUUCGCCAGGAAAUGAUCUCUACCCAGAAGUUUCUGGAGGAACUCUUGGUCUCCUUACAGUGGGGAAGAGAGCAGACACACUCCCCUAACACACAGCCCCACAGCACAGCAGGGCUGGCACUCUCAAACCGCAAGUUGGCAGAAGCCGUGCAUGCUCAUCUUCUGGGAAAUGUUGGCAUUAGCAAUCAAAAGAAGAUUCCAGCAACAGUAGAAUUCUUCAGUACCCCAGCUGAGAAAAUGGCUGAAAAGGUUCUACGGAUUUUGGAUCCAGUUACCUGUACAGAAAGCUCACCGGACAACCCAUUUUCUGAAUCUUCACCACCCACAUUACUCACUACAAAGAAAAAUAUUGGACGUUUCCAUCCCUAUACCAGAUAUGAAAAUAUAACUUUCAAUUGCUGCAAUCAUUGCAAGGGAGAACUCAUUGCUCUUUAAUGUAUAAUGUACUAGAGGUGUGCUGAGUACCCAAGAUUCAUUAUUUGGGAGCUGGGUUUCUUAUGAUGCUAGAAAUAAAAUCAGUUCAUCUUUAUAUAAUAUAUAGCCACAAAGAUAUUUCAUGUGCUGGAUUCCAGAUUAUUUUUCUUAAGAAAUGUCUCAGGGUAAGAAAAAAUGAAACUAUGUAGAUAUAUUUAAAGUACAAAGUACUUCUCAGAUAGUUCAGUGUUUGUGCUAAAACUAAAAAAGAUUUUAUAACUUUCUUUUAGGCCCUAAAUUAUUAUUCUUUGUUAUAUAUUUUAUAUGAACUAUAAACAGGUUUCAUUUUGGUGCAUAAAACAAAACCAGGCAAACUACAACAUGCGUUGGAUGUGGCCAUGCCCAUCCCUUUCUUGUUGCCAAAGCUGCAUUCCUGCACAGCGGCCGAGUGCAGUGUGGGGGUAGCAAAGGCCAUUCCCUCAUAGAGCAUGUUGGCUAGUUAAUAGCUGGAGAAUAGGAAAAAGGGAUUUGCAUUUCCUUUGUGGUCACAUUUGGGCUAUAAAAGAGGCCUUCAGAGACUCUGGGAUAAAGGCAUUAAUCUUUCUAAACAAAUAUAUUAGGAAAAUAAAAAGGUAUUUUAGAACUACAACAAAUAGUUCAACAACAGUGUCCCGUGCUGUUGUUUUGCAAAGUGCUCUCACUUCUGCAUGGUUGCAGUUGGACAACCUGGAGGAAACAGAUUCAUAAUUACUGACUCAACGUUGGCACAUGCAGUGUCUGCAACAGGAAUAUCUAGUUUGAUAAUAUAAUGAUGGAAAAUGAGUUUCUGGGGAAAAUGUAAUCCAUUAAUUUACAUAUAUUACAGAAUAUAUUAUUGUAUAAUGUAUCAUAAGAUGCCCUUUUAUUGACCUCUAAAUAUUCACAAAAAUCUGUCAUCAAAAAAUAUACUGAAUUUUAAAAAUUAUCUGAGAAGGCAAAUCUGGCCAAACAAAUUAUACUUUAGUGUCAAACCUACUACUUUUUGUCUGACUCAUCUGAGCCGUAUUUAUAGCUUUCAAUGGCAAUAAAUUUCUCUAUUUCCUUCUUAUUGGUUAGUCCUUUCUCCUUCCAGAAUAAUGGACUUUGGCUCUAGUCUUCAUGUGACUUUUACUAUGUACAGCUGUUUUGUUGCCUUUUCCUUUGUUUGCAUAAUAUAAACUUCUUAGAAGAAAAUGGAAAUUUUCAUGA